AACCGCCUCUAGCACUCUAGCAUGCGAGUGUUUUUAGCUUCCCACGUGUGGUGCUAAUCUGCUCUUUUUAAAAGUACUGAGGUUAUUGGCGUGAUAGCGGAUACUUAGCUUCAAACACUCCUGACAUUCGCUUGCUGCAACUACGUACGUUGGUCGCUGAAGACUGCACCAUGACAGAAGACACCUCCACCAUAAGUUCAGAGAAAGUGGACCAGGAAGUUAAAGCCAAGAAAAAAGUGAACCGGAAGCGAAAAGCCCAACCCAAAGUUCAAACCCCGCCGUUGAAGAAAACUAAAUCACUCAAUGAUGGUUAUUGUCUGUUUGUCGGCAACCUCAACUACCACAACACAUAUGAAAAUGUGAAGGAUUCGUUGGGGAAAUACUUAAUGACACAGAGUCUACUGGUACAAGAUGUCAGAUUAGACCGUUCCAGGAAACAUGCAUUUGUGGACCUCGCCUCGGAAAUGGAUUUGACAAAAGCGUUGACCUUAAAUGGUGAGCUGUUAUUGGACCGACCGAUGAGGAUUGCGAAGGCAAAAGUGAAGACUGAGGAAGUAGUGAAGGAGAAAGAGAGGGAGGAGGUGAAGGAGGAGGAGGAGGAGAAGGCUCCAGAACGGAACGGAAAGGUUUCUUCAAAGACACUGUUUGUGUUGGGCCUCAAUGAUAAGACAACUACAGUGACCCUUCAAGUUGCAUUUGAGGGUGCAGUCAAUGCUAAAAUCUCCCAUCAGCGCACAGUCAAUGAUCAAAGGUAUGGAUUUGUGAGGUUUGAAGAUGAGGAGCUCUGCAAAUCGUCCAAAGAGGCCAUGCAGGAUUGUGAGAUCGAUGGGAGCAAAGUCACUGUGGCUUUUGCAACAGGGCGGGCCAAAACAAAAGGCUCAGUGGCGCGUCCUGCUGGUCAUGGAGCCGGCCAGACUGUUAAGCGUCGUGGAAAAGGGAAAAAACAGGGACCGAAGAGUUCUGAAGUUAAUGAAAAGUCCUGAUUGUGAUUUGUUUUUAACUUUGCAUGAAAGUCAUUUGAAGAUAAAUGUGUUUUAAACAAG